CAUGAGCAGAUUACAAUCGUAAUAAAUUUCGAACUGAGUUGGUGAAUUACACUCUCAAUUGUGGUGAAUAGCUAGGCGGCAUAAUAGAAAACUGCAGAAAGGAUAAGCGUUGCUAUAAAAUAAGUGUCAUGUCUUUUUUCAAAGGGAAAAAUGCUGUUGUCACUGGAGGAGCUAGCGGUAUAGGAUUACAAGUUGCAAAAUUACUCUUGCAACAGGGAGCUGGGAAAGUGGCUAUCUUGGACAUUCAGGAUAACUUGGAAGAAGUGGUUAAUAUGCGAUCAAACUUUCCUACACAAAACAUUAUCGUAAUCAAAAUGGAUGUGUCAAAUCAAAAAGGGAUGGAUGCAACAUAUGAAGAGAUUUCAAAAACAUUUGGUCACCUAGACGUUGUGGUAAAUGUUGCAGGACUCUUCAACGACCAAGAAGUACAACGUACAUUACUAGUCAAUCUGGGAGGCAUGAUUAAUUCUACUCUGAGCGCCCUGAAAAUAAUGAGCAAAGAACAUGCUGGCCAGGGCGGUAUAAUAUGCAAUAUGUCCUCGGUUGUAGGUCUGGAUCCUAUGUUCUUAGUACCCGUAUAUGCUGCCACAAAAGCCGGUAUAAUCAAUUUCACUCGCUGCAUGGGAAAUGAUAUUUAUUUCCAACGAAGCGGUGUCAAGCUCAUUACAGUGUGUCCCGGUGCCACAAUAACGGAUAUGUUUACAAAUUUCACCGAAAAAAUUCUCUUUCCUGAAUUGGGCGAUGAAUCUUAUCGUGUUUUAGAUCGUUUAAAUAAACAAAGUGCUGCGGAUGUUUCCCGGUGCAUACUCACCGCUUUGGAAAAACAAGAAAAUGGAGCAGUUUAUAUAAUUGAAGGCAAACGUCUAUUUCCAUUAGAAAUGAAACGCUAUUGGACCGGCAUUGAGCAACAGUUAGGGGAAUAAAAGGUUUCCAAACAAAACUUAUAGUACAUAAGUUAUAGUGAUAAGCACAGAUAUGAAGAUGUUAACAUAUUUAUUGUAAAUGGGUGAAAUAAAAAAGUUUAAAACAAAUGACUUGUA